CUCUUGUUUAGACCUUCCAUAGCCAAUGUAGCCAAUGUGGCCGCUGAUGCAAUCCACACAUUUGGCAUCUACGUCGGGGUCGGGCCCACUGACCACCAGGCCGGGCUGCGCUUCGAGACGCGAAGCAUGGGACGUCCGCGCUCCCGGCGGAUGGCGCGCCUGGCGCGCCUGGCGCGCCUGGCCGGGCGUUUCUGGCGCGACGAUCCUCGUCUCAAGAGUGGCCCUGAGAUCCGGCAGCGCUUCAUGGCAGCGCGGCCUGCCGAAUGUGUUGACUGCACUGAGGGUUCUCGCGGUCAUACCCACGGUGGCACUCUUUUAUACUUGGACGCCGGCGUGCUGCGGCGUUUUUGUGGCCGCAUCCUUGACCGAUUUUCUGGAUGGGUACCUGGCACGGCGAUGGAAGGUGUGCUCACCAUUUGGCAAGUUCUUGGAUCCAGUCGCCGACAAACUCUUGACUUGCGCAGUAUUGGUGUUGUUGCCCACAGCGACAUUCGAAGUUGCGCCGCCGCGAUGGUUGUUGGUUGUACCUGCUGUUCUCAUUAUCCUUCGUGAGAUUUUCAUCAGUGCCCUGCGAGAAUGGACAGCAGCAGCUGGUGAAAGCAAUCUCACUCAAGUUGGCUUCUUGGGCAAGGCGAAGACAGCAGUCAUCCUGAUCAGCUUAUGUGGGCUGCUUGCCUCUUGUCGACAAGGCCUCAAGUCGAAGUUGUUUUCCGGCUGCGUGGCGCUCUUGUACCUUGGAGCCCUGCUGGCCUACCUGUCGAGCAUCGGCUAUGUGAGGAAUGCCUUGCCGGCCUUCAGGCGGGCAUCCAACACGAUGCCAGACUGAUGCAGCCGGCACUGCACGGAGGGCCGAACCUAUGAGUGCAGUACGUCAAGAGACUGUAUGGCAGCGCCAGAAUGUCCGCUGGAACAUUUGGUUGGCUCUGGUCUCGCAUGGUGUGUGCUUGUGUGGGGCACCUGCGGAGCAGAGGGGGGAACAGGG